UCGUGAGCCUUCGUCGCUGCUUGCCUUUUCCCAAACCAAGGUGACGGGGCUUCAUCGCCCUAUUGAACUAAAAGCAAUAAUGGCUGAAGAAGAUGGCGGCAAGAAGCCUAUUCCAACGAAACAUAAAAUCGACGCAUAUGGAAGCUUUAUUCUCUUGAUCCAUAUCUACGUCCUUGUACUGGUGUUGGCAACAUUGUCGACGUUUCAACUUCAAGUUGUAGUUCCUCACGAAAUGUUACUCCAGGGACCUAUCACCCUGGAUAUCUCCGAUCCGGAUCGAAUAGAGAAACCAUUGAUAUGCAACCCUCACUACCCCUUGUUUCGAGAAAGCUAUAUUACAGACGAAAUGAAGAGCUUCGAGUCGGUAAAAUCUGGUGAGUUCAUCGAUCGCACUGAUAUCCAGGAGUUAUUGAAGGCUACAGAUGAAGCGACCAAUUCUGCAGUGUCCUUCUUUGGAAUUAAGAAUACCGAAAUUUGUGAAAUUAUUCGUCCAGCAAACAGAACUGGUAAUUGCAUGUCAUUUGCAAAGAUCGAGAAGGAAUGUUUGGAAGGAGACUGCGGGGAGGAUCCCAAUGUAUGCUUCUGGAGCUCGACUAAAACCAUGCAAUUGAUGGCCACGCUCCACCUCAUAACGUUCAUACCUGCAGUGUUAAUGACAAUGGGAAUGAUGUAUGAUCCUCCUCCAGCUGGAUGCAGAUUAAUUUUGAAACCCAUCAUCGCAGCUGUGCUGUAUUGCCUGACAGGCGUCUUUGCAGUACUCGGAUUUCUCAUGUCCAUGGUUGGAAAAUCAAAAUACGCUCCAGCUAUAAUGAGCGAAACUUACCCCGGUUUCGAAGUACAAACCGGUCCCGGAUACAAGGCCUUCCAAAUAAAUGGAAUAGUCAACCUGGUGUACGCCGGAAUAUUCCUGUACCUGGCAAUUUUUGCCCCGACUUACCCUAGGCACAAGAAUAGAUGGGAUGAGCGACGUCAGAAUUUAGAGAGGGGAUUAGAAGAGAUCAAGGUUGCGAAAGCUACAGAGUGAUACCAAACUGAUUUCAAAUAUUUACAAUAUAUUCUGUGUAUAUGUUAAAUUGUUAAAUUUCAAGAAAAUAAAAGAUCUGGAUAGA